UAAAUAAGUUUAAAACUUAAUUUAUUUUGUUAAUUUUUUUUGGUAUUUCAAAUUUUCCCAAAAUCAAAAAGAAGAUAAAGUGCUUCGUCAAUGAGCCCGGUCCAUGAAAUCAGAAUCCAGCUAUUUCUCUCUCCUUUUACUCCUCUCCCGCAAUUCUUGUCGUUUCCGACUCUCUGAUCUUCUUGCCGUCGAUGUUCAUGUUCUCACUCCUCUGAGGACUGAAAUUAGUUCUUCUCCAGGCGUCAAAUUAUGGAUCAUGAAUUAAACAAUCAAUGAUGUCUCUAAUUUUAGUAUUAUAGAACUCAAUUACUGCAAAGAUUUUGAGCUUUAUUUAUUUUUCUGUUGAGGAUUUAUUGGCAUUGUUAGUGCGAGGCUUUUUCAAAAUCAUGUCUACGGUUAAUGUAAUUAAGUCAUCCUUCGAAUCCAUACACGAGAUAUCGGACCAACUCCGAGAGGCAGUUGUUUACCUCGAUGCUGGUUGCACUGAGAGUUUCCAAUUUCUUGGUGCAUUCUCUCUGCUGUUGGAACAUGGAGCACGUGCUGUUUGCUGCUUGGAGGACAUGUCCCCACUUGACAUGAUUGCUGAUUGGAAUGGAACAUCAGGCUCUGCGACAAAAGUGGUUAUCAUGACUUCAUGUCUUUUGAGUGAUGUUCACCGCUACACAUUACGCUGUCUUGCUGCACAGCCUAGUAUUCAGUGGUGUUACAUAUUCACUUCUAUCUCAGAGGUAGCACACUCAGCAUAUCCUGAUUCACCUCUUGGCCCAGAUGCAUUUCGUGAAUAUGAAUCCUUGUUAAUACAAGAUUAUGAAGAGCUUUCAAAUAAACAUAAGACAAAAGUCAAAGGGUCGGAUGAAAUGAAUAUAUCAGAAAAGUUGGCCUCUGAAGAAGAAACUUGGGCUCAACUUGAUGACAAAGACAUUUCUCACAUUGCUGCUGGGCCUAAUGUCUCAAGCAUGUAUGUAGAUAAUGCUAAGCUGAAUGAGCAAAAGUUGGUUGUUUCUGUGCAGCACUUCCCUAUGAUAUUUUGUCCCUUGUCGCCAAAUUUCUUUGUCCUACCUUCAGGAGGAUCUGUUGCUCAAGCUAGCUUAUCAGCUGAGAAUGAGCGUUCUCUCAGCCCUGGGUUGCCCCCACUAAGCACUGGGGUAGCUGAUGAUGGUGAAGAUGUUCCUGGGGCAACUCUUACUGCCCAUUUUCUUUACCACCUGGCGUCUAAGAUGGAUUUAAAACUGGAGAUAUUUUCUUUUGGGGAUCAAUCAAAAACUGUCGGAAGAAUUUUGACAGACAUGUCAAGUCUUUAUGAUGUGGGUCGUCGUAAAAGAUCAGCAGGCUUGUUAUUGAUUGACCGUACCCUGGAUCUCCUGACUCCAUGUAGUCAUGCUGAUUCCUUUUUGGAUAGAGUAUUUUCUGCUUUGCCUCGUAGAGAAAGAUCUCCAUCUUCUUCGAAUACAAAAAACUCGCAACCCCAGGCAAAACCAAAAGCUCGCAUACAGCGUUCGCCACUUGAUUUUUUGAUACCACUUGACAAUAUUUUCAGAGCAGAGUCAGGAGCAGAAAAUUUUCGACUACAAGAAAACAUUGAAAAUUUUCUUCGUGGAUGGAAUUCCAGAAGUUCUAAUUCAAAGAUACAGGGCCUUAUUGACCUUAGCUCCAAACUUCAAGAUGAGCAGUCCUCUGACUCCAUAAAGAAUAUGUUUGAUGGAUCCUUCAUGGCUACAGAAAGUUUCCAUGGGACACCUUAUUUGGAAGCUCUAUUAGGGAGACGAAUAAAGGAUGGCGCUGUACUUGUUAAGAAGUGGCUCCUAGAAACUUUGUGCAAGGAGAAUAUAUCCGUGAAUGUUAAGGCUCGAUCGGGUUCUGCUACGAGGUCUGAGUUGGAACCUAUAAUAAAAGCGCUGGCAAAAGGUGACGCUUCUUUACUUAAAAAUAAAGGAAUUAUCCAGUUAGCUGCUGCUACACUGGCUGCUCUGGAUGAUCUACACCGCAACAAAUGGGAUGCGUUCAUCAGUGCAGAGAAAAUGUUGCAUGUUUCUGCUGGUGACACAAGUCAAAGUCUUGCAGCUCAAAUAGGUGAUUUGAUUAACAAAAGUUUUUUAAUCAGAUCUCAUGGUAUAAAAUCAAGUUCCACCCAAGGUUUAAUCUCUGUCAAGGAUGCAUUACUGCUUACAGUGAUUGGCUACAUUUUAGCGGGUCAAAAUUUCCCCACCUCAGGGUCCACUAGCCCUUUCUCUUGGCAAGAAGAGCAUUUGAUGAAGGAAGCCAUUGUUGAUGCAGUUUUUGAGAACCCGGAACUAGGGGAACUCAAAUUUGUACAUGGUCUUGCACUAGAGCUUGAAGCAUACCAGAGCAAGAUCAGUUCAAAGGAAAAAAAGGCGACAAAAGAUUUAUCGAUUGAUGAUUUUGAUGAUGAUGAUUGGGGUAACUGGGGUGAUGAAGAUGCUGAUAGUAAUAAAGAGCAAGGAUAUGAUGAUAUGCAGCUCAAGCUGGAGUUGCGUGACAGGGUUGAUAACCUUUUCAGAUUCUUAUACAAGUUAUCUGGUUUAAAUAGCAGGAAUGUACAAUUAAGGGAAGGUCCCUUUGGCAUUGGAGGCGAUUUCUUCGAAAGUAAAGGUCUUCUGUACAAGCUACUAUUGAGAGCGUUAGAAAAAUACGAUAUACCUGGAUUGGAGCAUCACUCUUCAGCUGUGGGUAGACUUUUUGGAAGAUUUGGUCUUGGCCAGGCAAAACCAAGCUUAGCGGACCAAAAUGUUAUCCUUGUUUUUGUUGUAGGAGGCACCAAUGGGCAAGAGGUGCAUGAAGCAUUCGAGGCAUUAUCCGAGAGUGAGAGGCCAAAUAUAGAGCUUAUAGUUGGCGGCACAACACUUCUAACCCCUAACGACAUGCUUGAAUUACUAUUGGGAAACUCUAGUUACUUCUAACCUCUGUAGAAGCCGACUUUCCCUCCCCCUUUCUGAUCUCAAGUUUACUACACACCUGUACAACAUUUUUAAUUCCCGUUCUAGUUUUGAAGGGCUUAUGUAAACAUAUGUAAAGUAAAUACUGUAUUUAAUUGUACUAUUUAGAAUUUUUAUAUAUUGUUUGAAAUUAUGAGUU